AUGAUUCCUUUGAAUCAGGAGGACCACUUAAAGAAACAGAAUUGCGUGUUCCUUGGUAACUUACGUCACUGCUGUUAUGUGCAGCUUGUCUUGUCAAGACUUGAUCUGGAAGCUUCUCGUGGGAGGUUUGUUCCCAUCCGAAGUGCGGUGGUAUUCGAGUCACUGCAAAAAGCAAAGGAGGUGGAGAAGCCAGUGUCCCAGGGCAGUAAGGUGGCUGAUGGUGAAAUCCCCAGGGCCCUGUCCUCGCAGAACCGGCAGGGCUGGCUCUGGAUCCGGGCCAGGUUCCUGGACGUGCAGAGACACAGCCUGCUGGGCUGUCCCCGCGGGGCUCUAGGCAGGGCUGUGGUUCAAGGACAGGCUGGAACAAAGCGCCCACUUCUCUGGCACCUGGACACCGGGGCCCAGCAGAAAGCCCAGGAGGAUGGCGUGGGUGGGGGAGGCUGCGACAGACGCAGCCAGGACUGA